AUGGCGGUGCCUCUGAGUGAGUGUACAACCCUCGAGCAGCACUCCAUUGUGCAAUUUUUGUGGGCAAAAGGUAUGGAAUCAAAGCAUAUUCAUAAAGAAAUGCUUCCCAUCACUGGUGAGAAGUGCCUGUCACGUCAAGCUGUUUACAAUUGGGUGCAGAAGUUCUCUGAAGGGCGGACACAUAUCGAAGAUGAACACUGUGUCGGCCGGCCAACGGAGAUUGCCACAGAGGAGAAUGUGCAAAGGGUUGAAGACUUAAUCCGAGCAGACAGAAGGGUAACUAUAGACACUAUAGCCACUUCUAUUGGUUGUUCACAUGGUAUGGCCUACCUUAAAAAGCAUGACAAGUUAGGUUUUCAUAAAGUGAGCAUGCGUGGCAUGAUGGGUGCCACGCAUGCUGACCUCACAACAUAA